UCUUAUAGCGCCUUCGAUCGGGACGAAUGUUGGUUUAUUUUCCUGCGAGAAAGGUUGUUUCCAGUAAAAGUCGGUCGGUUCGGUUUCGUGGUCGCGGUUUGUGGAAAGCGCUGAAGAAGGUUGAAACGACAGUUGCUCCGGUUGUGCUUUCCCCGAUUGGGCUAAUACCGAGAGUGGGGUGUGUUGACGAAAGUAACCGGAAUUGAUAGAAACUGUCACGGGGAAAACUUUAUUCGCCAGUUGUUUGUAGUUUUGCUUGAUCAGCUUCUGAAUGGGAAAAUUGCAGUGGAAUUGAACUCUUGGCUUUGGCAUUGUAAAUUAUUCAUUUCAGGUGUGAUUCUGCGGGAUUCCGGGGACCAGACAAACGAAUGAAAGAAACAAAGUGGUGACCAGUCGCCAGAUCAGUAAGUUGUGAAAGCUACCGGACAGAUUGCUGUCAGUCGGUGUCAUUUCGCGGUGGUCUCUCACUCGCAGCCAGUCAUUCUGAGGUGGUUUUAGGAUGUCCGUUUUGAAUAUCCUAGAAGAUUGGCACUGUCCGUGUGGGUUGAAUAAUUAAUUCGUUAAUGAAAACACAAUCUGAUUAAAGAGACACGUCGAGUAGUGUGAACUGAAGAACAACAGUGAAGAAAGUGCUGAAGGCAGCAUUAGUGGUGUGAUUAUCCGCUCGAUCAAGAGCCGUGAGGUACACAACGAUGACAAUGAUGAUGAGCAGAACAGCAUCGCAUUAUAGUCGUGGGAGUUAUUAAUUUGCUUAUCGCGCCAGUCAUGCCGUGAAAUACGAUUCCGGGAGAUAUUCCACUGUAGAAAGGUCAUCCCCGAACCAAAAGCGCUGCAGGGAUAUAAGUGGACGACUGCAGCAGGAAAUUGGCCGUGAUUUAUGAGCUGAGUGAACAUGAUUCAGUGCAGUUUAAGGGGAGAGUUAUUGCAACUAGUUGUGUCUGAAUAGGUCUGAAUGUGUCUGUGGGGGUAGCAGAAAUAUAGUGUAUGCAUGGCAGUGAAAACUGUGCGGGAAAGUUUCGUUUCGAGUGUGUCCUGCCUGUUCCGGGUGGUAUUUCCGAGGAAUGCGGAACACAUCUAAAGCGUGAAAUCGGAUCGAAUAGCUGCCAGAUAGAAGAAGGAAGACAGCUGCGGUAUCAGCAGCGGCUUAUUGAGUCUUUGUGUGGCCAGCCAAUCACAGCUGAUGGUUUAAAGCUACGAGUCCGAGUCUGAUGAUCGAGUGCAGCUCUAGGGUUUCGAUUCUCGCGAAGUAAGCACUUUACGGUUCAGUUUGUACACGGCCGGUGGCGAAGGCAACGAGACGGGGAAAAGAUAACAUAUUGCAUCCGUCGCCAUUGUUAUCCUUAAUCCCCUGGAGUGCAGCCGGGACGACGGACUUAACAAAAAAAAAAAAACGCAGCAGCAUACCAUCCCGCAUGGACACACAAACUCGGCACCGAACCAGCAGCCGCCGACCGGGAAAAUUAUUCAUUCCUGGGCAACAGCGAGAACAUCCGGCUGACGGCACUUGGUCACAACGGCAGCAAGCUUUCCGCUGAACCAAUUGGAGAAAAAAGGACUGCCGAAAUAAAAAAGACUGAAAUAAAAAAGUCAUGCAAAAAUAAUGCAGCUCUCUAUGCCCUAGAACUAGCGCUAGUCCUGUACCGUGAUCUCGUAGUUCGUCACAGCAGGAGCCCGCGCUGUAUGGACGAAGGAAAACAAAAACAUAUCAAGCGGGUGAGUAAAAAGCCAAGCGGAGUUUUUCGUCGAGCAGCUCGGAAAAUUAUGAAAAGUGGAGUGUUGAAUAAAUAGGAGAAAAAAAUUACUGCACUAUCCGGCAGGUGACAGGUUGCCUGGACGGUCGGUGUAGAGAGCAAUUCCGGAAGAGGAUGUUGCAGAACCUUACCGGCCGAGUCGUGGUGCUACGCUUACCAAAGCAUUCCGGUGUGGGGCAUCUGCUGUCCGCUGCGCUCUACUGCUGCUGGUGGGAAAGGAAAACAUCCAUUGUUUGUUAGUGUUUCUGGUGAUUUUACCGACAGUGAACCGCACUAGGGUGGGAGUUCUGGUGGUGCAAAAGUGAAAAAAUACUUCCCGGUCGAGGAAUAUCCACAGCAUCCUUCAAUCGCCGGCUCGGUUGGGAAGCUGCCUGCUCUUUCGUCGUCUUGUCGGAGCGGAGCUAUGAGCGGUCAGCGGGAACGAAGCUGCGGCUGCUGCUGCCGGUGGAGUCCGAGGAACAUGGGGAUUAUUAAAAUAACAUUUCUACUGGCUUGUUCGGUGCUGGGAUUAGCGAAAGGCAAACAAACACGCGCUCACGAAAGCCCGCCCGACUUCAACAACGAGGCAAACUUCCCCCGGUUUGCGGAGCCGAUCCCCAACAUCACGGUCACUAUCGGCCGGGACGCACUGCUCGCGUGUGUGGUGGAAAAUCUCAAAGGAUACAAGGUCGCGUGGGUCCGAGUGGACACGCAAACGAUACUAUCCAUCCAUCACAACGUAAUUACGCAAAAUCCCCGCAUCAGUCUGACCUACAACGACCACCGGUCCUGGUAUCUGCACAUCCGGGAGGUGGAGGAAAACGACCGGGGCUGGUACAUGUGCCAGGUCAACACCGACCCGAUGCGGUCACGGAAGGGCUACCUGCAAGUCGUCGUGCCACCCGCAAUCGUGGAAUCGCUGACGAGCAACGACAUGGUAGUUCGAGAGGGCACCAACGUGACGCUGACGUGCAAAGCGAAGGGUUUCCCGGAGCCGUACGUGAUGUGGCGCCGCGAGGACGGUGAUGAGAUGGCCAUCGGUGGCGAAAACGUGAAUGUCGUCGAUGGAGAAGUGCUUCACAUUACCAAAGUCAGUCGGCUGCACAUGGCAGCUUAUCUGUGUGUGGCGUCGAAUGGUGUGCCGCCCUCCAUCAGCAAACGGGUACAGCUGAGGGUACAAUUCCCUCCAAUGCUGUCGAUCCCCAACCAGCUGGAAGGUGCCUACAUCGGUCAGGACGUCGUCCUCGAGUGCCACACUGAGGCCUACCCGGCUUCCAUCAACUACUGGACGACGGAGCGGGGUGACAUGAUCAUUUCCGAUACCUCCCGCACUGGGGACAAGUUCGAAACGAUGUCCCGCAACACCGGCUACACCAAGUUCAUGCAGCUGAAGAUCCGCAGCGUCGGCCCGGCAGACUUCGGCUCGUAUCGAUGCGUGGCGAAAAACUCAUUAGGCGAAACGGACGGGUUAAUCAAACUGGACGAAAUACCAGCGCCAACGACAAUAUUGACAACCGAAUCACUUUAUAACAAUCGAUCAAAAGGGCGGAAAACAAACAAAAAGCUCGAUCCGCUGAUGGUCGGCGAUUACGGCGUGGAGGAGUGGAAGGAGAACGGUGCCUCGAUACGACAUUCGCCGGGGGCAUUCCACAACGGCAGUGGUGCUGCGGGCCGAAGUCCGUACAGCCUGCUUCUCGGAAAUCUGGUUGCGUUAGUGGCGCUACUCGGCCGCAUCAACAGAUGAAACUGAGACAAUUGCCGACUUUCCAUAAAUCCUUCACCAGCACACUAAUCCAUAUGCAAACAAACAAACAAACACACACACGUUAGCGUUCGCAAACAAACAAACAAACAAAAAACACAAGCUAGAAAUGUUAGAAUUCGAAAGGCUAUCUUCCAUCGUCACAACGCAAAACGCAAGGCUAUAGAUAUCAUAAAACGGCAAACGAGGCAUAAACGAGAAGACACACACAUAUACACACACACACACACAUACACACAUAGCUUAUUUAUGUAGGUAAGUUGAAAGAUGACCCAUUAUUGUUUGUAUACAAGAAAUAUGUGAAAACAAGGGAAGAGUUUAGGAGAAUUUCUAUACAACGGAAAUCAGUAGAGCGACGUAAAAAGAAUAUAUGAGAUAUAAUGUAUUACUAACUCUAGUCAGAUGCUAGCGUAAAUCAAAUUAGAGAUUGUUUGUAGAGCUGUAAGAAAACUGCUAGGGUAAUACUGUAAGCUGUUUUGUAAAUAUACCAGGUAAACUAGUGUUACUGAA